AUGGCAAUGGAGGGCAAUUACUUACAGUCCCACCCCCACCCCAAUCCACAUGCUUAUUCGGGUCUCGCAGAUCACGCCACCGAUCUCACUGCCCAUGGCGUAACUUCGCACCACUCACACGGUGCAUUCCUUCUCCCUCCGGCUCCAGCCCACUACCACCACCAUCCCCAGACGCUUGGAGCCAACGACGGUGCUGCUCCUCCAGACACUACCCUCCACUAUCAUCACUGCCUUUUCUCUGAACCCUCUGUCCCAUGGGACACCUCCGCCCAGCAAGCCUUCAAUCACCAUCAGCAGCAGCAACAACAACCACAGCAACCUCAGAAUGAGAGCCAGUCAUGUUCUCAUGAAGACUUCUUCACGGAAAAACAGCCCGACCCUAUGUCAGUCUCGUAUUGGAGCGAUAAACUUCCCUCUCCUGCUUUUGGCGCCAAUUGGGAGCCGGAGGCCUACCCAGGGGCUUAUUCUCUGGCACCAAAUGACGCACCCUUCUAUCCAGAGUUUCAGAGCUCUUCACCCUUUCCACCCUUGCCUGGAGCUCAUUCGCUAAUUCCGCAACAAAGGAUAUCGUACUUCCGUGGACCCUCUCCUUCUCAGUAUGCAUUGGGUAGGUCGGUGCCUGCAGCACCCCAGAGUUACAGUGGAAUGGAAUCCUCCAGUGAUGCUUGCCUUUCCUCUAACAACACUACAGAGAGUUCUGAAGCAGUAAAUGGAAGUGGCCAUCCACAAGAGGGAGACGUUAAACCCACUCUGCCUCCGAUUGAAUACUAUUCGGACAGGCAGGAGUUCACCGAGCCUCUGAGAGAGUGCAAGGAAGUGGCGGGGAGGGCGGAAGAGGUGGAGAACGAGGAGGUAGAGGGAGAGGAGGAGGAUGGUGAGGAGGCGGAGGGGAGUGCGGUGAGUGGAGACAGAGUGAUUCAAUGUGAAGAUGACGCGGCAUUAGGACAGGAAGGGGGAUCUAAGGAAAGCAACCUGAACUUGAUUAAUGGAGGGGAUCCGAAAGGUUCACACAAGGAAUCCAGUAGUGGAAGACGUUCAGAAAAGCCGCCAUACUCCUACAUCGCGUUGAUUGCAAUGGCGAUCCGAGCCUCACCGAAUAAGCGCUGCACACUGAGUGAAAUCUAUCAGUACCUGCAUAGCAAGUACCCCUUUUUCCGCGGCAGCUAUACGGGCUGGAAGAACUCAGUGCGACACAAUCUCUCGCUGAACGAAGUGUUUAUCAAAUUACCCAAAGGAAUGGGAAGGCCGGGAAAAGGCCACUACUGGACUAUAGAUCCAACCGCAGAGUUUAUGUUCCAAGAUGGUGCCUCACGUAGAAGACCUCGAGGCUUUCGUAGGAAGUGUUCCCUCAGUUCAGCAAGCGCUGUUGCAGCUGCUGCCGCUGCGGCAGCAGUGGUGCCGAGUGGGAGUCAGGAUGGUCAAGUAUCAACCGCUCCCUUCAAUCAACUGCCAAACCCCUGCGUCCUCAUGGGGUCCGAUGUAGCCUUCUCACAGUUUCUUCUCCCUAGUAUGCACAUCUCCGCCAACUCUUCAUCCCGAAAUCCUUCCGUGGGAACUCCUCCUAAUUCUUCCAAUGAAACUGAGUUAAGGUCGACUGAGGAUGAGAGAAACGUUGCUGGGGGAGUGUUCUACACACCAAGCAGUGCUGCUGUCCCAUCAGGAGGAGCAGGAGGUAGCAACUUUUACAACGCCUCCAUGGAACAUCAGUACCAAAAUGCAGCGGCUUUCGUUCAUCAGCACUUUCCAGAGGAAGUGCAACAGCCCCUAAAGGCAGAGUCUCAGUCUCCGCACUGCGAGGGUCCAAACUCACUCUACGGGAUUCUCUCAUCGGUUAGUACCGCUGCUCCAGUCAACGCUGGAGUUGCGAUGUGGUCGGAGAAUCCGGACGCUCGGCGAUCGUUAUACUCCGCCUCUAACGAAGCGAACGCGGAAAUACAGCACAUGUUUGAUAGCAGACAAUUUAGUAUGCCGUGGAAGGCCUGGGAGCCUAGUUCAGGUGAUUGUAAACCUUCUUCACCGCAGUUUCAACCGCCUCAUCUGCCCACAAGUGCCGUUGAGUCAGCGGCGGUGGAGUCGGCGGUGGCGUCGCAAAACAGCAGCCCUGCGCCCCUCUUACAUCCACAUCUGUCACAAUCACUUCUCAUGCAAGCUUCCCCUGAGUUGAAGAACACUUCCAUACCCUGUAAUGGUGAGUUUUCGAUCCCUCUGCCUCUGUGUGUGCGUGUGCUUGUCCACCAGAUUUAA